AUGGAAAGGCUAAGAAAGAAGCGUACUCCACGGAGUAAGACGCCAGUGUACGGCUUAAAUGGCAUCGUGCGCGAGGAAACGAAGAAGCCACUCAAGACUCCUAAAGUAGUGAGACAUGUGGAAGGAUCGAAAUGUCUCUCGAAGACGAACUUCACCGCUGCACGAAAGGUCAACAUCUUCGUCAAUGGCGACUGUCACAGCCCGGCGAAGCAGUUCAUCAUUCCCAAGAACGCGAAAAAGGCGAGCGAACCUGCGGGCAUCAACGGAUUUAUGAGCUACUUGACUGACUCAUUGCGCGAAAAGUUCCAAUUCCGAGAGAGCAUUUACCACCUGCUUACACCUUAUGGAGGCACUCGAAUAAACGCACUUUCAGAAUUAAAGGAUGGCGGCGAAUACGUAGCCUGCCAUCGAAAUCGACUUAUCAAAAUUGAUUACGAUUCCAUCGGGCGGAAAGACUCAAUAAAGGCACGCCAGCGUGGAAUCCACACAACCUGGUCCAAGCUGCGCAAGGACUCGCAAAUGUUCACCGAGCCGGCGAGACACUGGCAAAAGUUCUCCAAAUAUUACAACAAGCAAGCUUCCGACCUAAAGUCACAUUAUAUUGAUGAUAAAAAAGUCAAAACGAUCACAAUUUUUUGCAACGGGAAUACGGUCGAUUCGACAAAAAUUUUACUCAAAGGAAAGCUUGCAGAAGCUGGCGAGGAGUCAUUCCGUUUAAUCUUAAACUACAUCUCGGAGAAGGUUGGCCAGAAGCUCGCAAGUACCAGGUCUUCGAGCGCCAUGGCUGCGCGACGACUCUACUCCCUUAAGGGCCGACGCAUCAAGAACGCCGGAAACAUCAAGAAUAACGGAUGCUACAUUGUCUGCGGCGACCAAAAGCUCAAGCCCGGACAGUAUGGCAAGGACAUUGACCUCCAAGCCCCCUGGCAGCGAGCUAUCAAACCGGUGCGAACAACCAGCGGCGCCAUCAAGGAAAUGAACGAGCAGGACUUUGACCGACCAGUGAAAAAACGCAUGAGCGUCCAUCUGCCCAAGAUCCAGCAGAAGAAGGUGCUCUACUCCGACAAGUACAUGUCCCACCACCCAUCGAAACAAAGCUAUUAA